AUGGUCAUUGCCAAGUGUAUAGACGAACACGAAGAGAUACUUCCGUCCAAAGGCCGUUCCACCGCCACACUCGUCUCUUUGGUAACAACACGGACUCCGGAACCAAACGACGAGACGCACGAAACUUGGUUGAUCGUCGGCGACGGUGAUCUCUCCUACAGCGCACACCGGGCUCCACAUCUCGCUGCGCGGAACGUUCGCCUCAUUGCUACUGUAUUGGAAGAUCAAGCUACGCACCUGCGGACCUAUCGCAAUUCUCAAACAGCUAUUGACGCUAUUUCCAAAUAUUCCAACCACACGGUGACCUUUGAGGUCGACGCCACUCGUCUCGAAGAACGCUUCUCCACGCGAUCCCUGGAUCGCAUCAUUUUUAACUUUCCACACUGGCCGGGAAAAGCAAACAAUCGCUACAAUCGAGCCUUGUUGAACGAAUUUCUAAAAUCGGCGAGUGCUGUUCUCCGUGCCAACGGCGAAAUCCACGUGCCGCUGUGUGUGGGACAGGGUGGACAAGAAGCCACAUCCGUUCGGCAAUGGCGUCAAAGCUGGAUGGCUUCGCUGUACGCGGCCGAGCAUGGUCUGAUCCUCCGAAACGUCGAGCCCUUUCGAGUCGAAUACAGCCUAAGUUCGUAUCGGGGUGUAGAUCGACCAUUCGCGGUCGGGACGGAUCCUUUGAAUUAUGUGUUUACCUUGCCAAACAGUAUACCCGUAGCAGAGCAUCUGCAGGUUUCGUGUCGACACGAAUUGCGGAUCCCGUUGGAACCGGAAAGCCUUCAAUCUUGUCGCUAUUCUCUCCAAGAACUGACGGAAACGAAGGUUAUCACGAAACUCGCCGCAGAUUUGGCACCCCAAGGUGUUCGCGUCAGCGUACCGCUUUGGGAUGUUUUUACACUGGAUCAUUCUCCGGUACCUCUGUUAGUGUUCCUCUUAGUGUAUUCUGGAGAAACAAUGCCGUUGACCAGGCUGGUGGCCGAUGAGAUCCGGGCCAAGUUGGAGACGGCGACCUUUGAGCGCUUGGGCCUACCGGUGGCCAAACGGAAUCGCAUGGUAUCCAAGCCUUUUCCGUAUCCCCUAUUGGACGUUUUGAUUGCAGAAUAUGUUGAUGCUCAAGAGAUGAAUCAUAGUAUUCACAAAAGCUAA